AAUAAACAAAUUAAUACAGAAGUUUUCAAUUUCCUUCAUAACUUACAUUCAUUUAGAAAGUUCAGUGUCAUAACUAAAUCAAUAAAAUGAAAUGUAAUUCUAGAAAAAAAAAAAGGCAUGAUAUUCCUAGGUCCUAUUGACCAUGUCACUUUUCUCACAGGGAAAAGUAAAACGAUUUUAAACAUUAGAAUUUUGUAUUUUGCAAUAAUUUGUUGCAAGUUUAAGGAUACCUAAGUAACAAUCUUCAGUGGAAACUUGUUUUGGGGACUUACUGUGCAAAAAUAUGUGUGUGUGUGUGUGUGUGUGUGUGUGUGUAGGCCACCCAAGCAUUUAAUAUAUAUAUUCUUUAGACAAAACGAACGGGAAAAUGGGAAAAAUUAAAGAUAGACAAAGGAGAGAUGCCAGUCCACCUAUAGAUUUAACUUACUUUUAUUUAUUUAUUUAUUUAUUGAUAGAUAACAUGAGAUUAUGAUUAAUAAUGUAAUCGAUUUUAUCAAACUAGGAACAAUCACCAGCGAAUUACCUAAAAUGUCUCUGACGACAACAGUUACUUUAUUAAUAACAAGUAAAGAUGAAGGAUUAAGAGUCACAACUCCUGAUGUCAGGGAGAAUAAGUCCAUCAUUUCAAACAUAACAGUAACAAGUGUUACACCUCCAAAUGCUGUUUCAGCAUUGCAAAGUUCCAAACCCAAGACUGAGACUCAGAGUUCAAUUAAAACAACAAAAAUACCAGGUAGCAUUUUACAACCAGAUGCCUCACCGUCUAAAGCUGGUACAGUAUCCUCAAUACCAGUUACAAUUCCAGAAAACACCUCACAGUCUCAAGUAAUAGGCACUGAGGGUGGAAAAAAUGCAAGCACUUCAGCAACCAGCCGGUCUUAUUCCAGUAUUAUUUUGCCGGUGGUUAUUGCUUUGAUUGUAAUAACACUUUCAGUAUUUGUUCUGGUGGGUUUGUACCGAAUGUGCUGGAAAGCAGACCCGGGCACACCAGAAAAUGGAAAUGAUCAACCUCAGUCUGAUAAAGAGAGCGUGAAGCUUCUUACUGUUAAGACAAUUUCUCAUGAGUCUGGUGAGCACUCUGCACAAGGAAAAACCAAGAACUGACAGCUUGAGGAAUUCUCCCCACACCUAGGCAAUAAUUAUGCUUAAUCUUCAGCUUCCAUGCUCCAAGGGUGGAAAAGGAGAAAGUCCUGCAGAAUCAGUCCCGACUUCCAUACCUGCUGCUGGCCUCUACACCAGUCGUCUGUCCCAGUAAAGUGAUGUCCAGCUGACAUGCAACAAUUUGACGGAAUCAAAAAGAACCCCGGCGCUCUCCAGUCCUCUGACAUUUAAAAAUUGCAUUACUCCAUUUAUAGGAGCGUUCCUAGGAAAAGGAAUUUUAGGAGGGGAAUUUGUGAGCAGUGAAUCUGACAGCCCAGGGGGUGGACUCGCUGACAGGCAUACCUUCCUUAAUGUUUAAAGUUUUCUGGGCCAAGAAUUUUUAUCCAUGAAGACUUUCCUACUUUUCUCAGUGUUCUUAUAUUACCUACUGUUAGUAUUUAUUGUUUACCACUAUGUUAAUGCAGGGAAAAUGUGCAUGUGUAUUAUUAAAUAUUAGGUAGAAAUCAUACCAUGCUACUUUGUACAUAUAAGUAUUUUAUUCCUGUUUUCGUGUUACUUUUAAUAAAUAAUUACUGUACUCAGUACACUAAAAAUACUAUAACAUGACUGUGAAAAUGGCAAUGUUAUUGUCUUCCCAUAAUUAUGAAUAUUUUUGGAUGGAUUAUUGGAAUAUAUGAACUCACUAAUGAAAGGCAUCUGUAAUAAGUGAGAAAGGGACAUGGGAUUCACAUAUCAGACUCUGUUAGGGAGACAGUAAUUUAUCAGUUCUUUGGUCUUUCUAUUUGUCAUUCAUCCUACGUGAUGAAGAUGUAAGUGUAAGGGCAUUUAUAACACUAUACUGCAUUCAUUAAGAUAAUAGGGUCGUGAUUUUUCAUUAGCUCAUUUGAUUGAUAUUAUCUCCAUGCAUUUUUUAUUUCUUUUAGAAAUGUAAUUAUUUGUUCUAGCAGCCAUUGCUAAACCUCUAGUUUGUAGAAAAUCAACACUUUAUAAAUACAUAAUUAUGAUAUUAUUUUUCAUUGUAUCACUGUUCUAAAAAUACCAUAUGAUUAUAGCUGCCAAUCCAUCAGGAGCAAAUUCUUCUGAUAAAAGCUAGCUGAUCAACCUUGACCAAUUUUUUGACACGUGAGAUCGAAGUGUCAAGUUGGUUGAGGUUUUUUGGAAAGCUUUAGAACUAAUAAGCUGCCGGUGGCAGCUUUUUAACGUAUGAUUAUCUAAGUUGAUUUUUCAUGCUAAAUUAUCUUAGUGAUCUAAGGGGCAGUUUAGUGAAGAUGGAAUCUUGUAUUUAAAAUACCCUUUUAAAAUUUGUUUUGUUGUGAUGUAUUUUGACAACUUCCAUCUUUAGGAGUUACAUAAUCACCUUGAUUUUAGCUUCCGGAUGUUUGGACUAUUUAUAAUCAAGGACACCAAGCAAGCAUAAGCAUAUCUAUAUUGCUGACUGGUGUCUGUUUGAGAAGGAUGGGAAGUAGAAAAAACAAAAAAGAAAGAAAGAAAGAAAGAAAGGAAAGGAAGAGAGGAGAGAAGGCAGGGAUCUCCACUAUGUAUGUUUUCACUUUAGAGCUGUUGUGCCCAUGCUUAUUUCUAAUCUAGAAGUCUUUAAAUGGUGAAACGGUGACUGGAGCAUGCCAAUCAGAGAACGUUUGUCUUCAGAAAAUAAAAAAAAAAUCUGAGUUCGAGACCAGCCUGGCCAACAUGUUGAAACCCCGUAUCUACUAAAAAUACAAAAAUUAUCCUGGUGUGGUGGUGCACACCUGUAGUCCCAGCUAUUCGGGAGACUGAGGCACAUGAAUCACUUGAACCCAGAAGACAGAGGUUGCAGUGAGCUGAGAUGGCACCUUUGCACUCCAGCCAGUGUGACACAGCAUGACUCUGUCGCAAAACAAACAAACAAACAAACAAAAAGAAAAGGAAAGAAAGAAAAGUCCUAGCACCCCUAGAUGAUUUGCUGAGCUCUUCAGCAAAAGCCAUGUUACAUACAGCAUAUUGCAAGGAAAUGAACUCUUCUGUAAUUUAAUUUAAAUUAUAGGUAAUAUGUUAUUUUGGAUCCUAGAGAAACCAUUUUCUCUACAUUUCAUGAGCAUUGUUAGAAAAGAGUCUACAAGAAUCAGGAAGAGGGAAAAAUUUGAAUGGUCAGAAAAAAAUAACAUGUAUUCUAGUUCAAGAAGUGCACACAAAGAAUAUGCAUUAACCUAACAAAGAUUAAAUCUUUCAAAAAGGUCAAAGGAGGAUUGAGAAGUUUACAGAGAUGUCCAUGGCAUUUUACAUCAAUCUCAAAGGUAAGGUCUGCAUUUUGUAAACCAACUUAAACAUCUGUUGAGAUAGGAUAUUUUGUUUUCAAGCCAAAAUUAUCAUUAAUCAAAUAUGUUUUAAUUAUGCCUGGCUUACUAUAAGUUUUUUAUUCUGAUAUACAGUUCAAAUAUCAUUGCAACAAAGAAGUGCCUGUAUUUAGAUCAAAAGCAGGACUUUCUAUGUGUUUGUUUUACAUGAUAAUAUGAAAAUAAUUUAAGUGUAUCAAUAGUCAAAACAUAAACAAAAGCUAAUCAACUGGCACUGUUGUCACCUGAGACUAAGCGGAUGUUGUUGGCUAACACACAGGCUCAGCCAGCAGAGAAAGAAUUCUGAAUUCCCCUUGCUGAACUGAACUAUUCUAUUGCAUAUGGUUGACAAAUCUGUGUGCUAUUUUUUUUCUACCUUCCAUAUUUAAAUGUAUGGGUAUCAACAAAGGACAUAGUCAAACCUUCGACGAUGAACAUUCCUGAUUUUUUGCCUGAUUAUUCUCUGUUGAGCUCUACUUGUGGUCAUUCAAGAUUUUAUGAGGUUGAAAAGAAAAGUGAAUAUGACCUUUAAAAGUUGUAUUUUGAGUGACUAUAGUCUCACCACUAUGAAACUGCCAAUUAUUGCCUAAUGUUAAAGAUAUCCAUCAUUGUGAUUAAUUAAACCUAUAAUGAAUAUUUUUAAUGGAGAAUUUGUGAUGGAUUAUCCCCUGAUCUUUUCUUUAAUAUUUCUCUACACACACAGGACUCCUCGUGUUCCACUAAAUGAGUGUACUCUGCCCCUACUUCUAG